AUGGCGCAUGCUGCAGGCCUGCGGGCUGCAACCGAGGGGCGAUUGAAUGAUGCAGAGCGCUUCUUCAAAAUCUACCUGCUGGAUGAGCCAGACAGCGCCAGUGGCUGGAGCAACCUGGGCAACGUGCACCAGCAGCAGGGGCAGGCGCAGCAGGCGGUGGAAGACUACAGCAAAGCAGUGGCGCUUGCCCCAGAGGUGAGCGACUGUGUGCUUGCCCUCGGCGACAGCAGCCGUGCGCUGGAUCUGUGGCAGUCGGCGGCAGCAGACUGUGACAGGGCGAUAGAGCUGGACCCCAAGGAGUAUGCGGCCUGGUUUGACCGUGGCAACAUCGAUUUGCGCCUCCAGGAUUAUGCUGCGGCUCUCACCGACUUCGGCACAGCAGCAGACUUGGCACCCGGGCUGGGAGGGUACCGGCUGCGGCAGGCAACGCUCAUGUUCCAGCAGGGGGAUGUGGACGGUGCGCGGCGCACCAUGCAGGGCGUGACUCGCAAGUACUCCAACUAUGCAGAAGCGCACGCUGCUCUGGCCGCAGUGGAGUGGUCGCGGGGUGAUGCGGAGCGGGCCGAGCAGCAGUUUUACCGGGCAGUGGCACAGGAUGAGCGGUGGAACAACAUGGGGUGGAUCCUGGAGAACACCCGCUGGCCGCCAAAGCUGGAGAGCGCGAUGCAGCGGUUCCUCAGCAUGGGGGGGUGA